AGGACACGCGUCAGGCGCCAACAUUUAACCGGGCACCGUUCAGGUAUUCAGAAGCUGUUUCGUCUCCUUAGCAACAUGAGUCAAGGCAAAGCCCAGAGAGUAUCUUAGGUGACGGAUCUCAGCCGCAGCAGAAGAGCGGAGCCCGGGCUGAGACUGAGGGAGCUGACAGCCGGGAGCAUGGGGGAUAAGAUGCUUCCAGCCCAGGAGGCUGCUAAGAUCUAUCACACUAACUACGUGAGGAAUUCCAGAGCCAUAGGCGUCCUCUGGGCGAUCUUCACCAUUUGCUUUGCCAUCAUCACCGUGGUCAUCUUCAUCCAACCCUACUGGAUCGGGGACAGCAUCAACCCUCAGGCUGGCUACUUCGGCCUCUUCCAUUACUGCAUCGGCAACGGACUCACCCGGGAGCUCAUCUGCAAAGGAAGUGCCCUGGAUUUCGGCUCCAUCCCCUCAGGAGCUUUCAAAACUGCCAUGUUCUUCGUCGGCAUCUCCAUGCUGCUCAUCAUCGGCUGCCUCGUCUGCUUCAGCCUCUUUUUGUUUUGCAACUCAGCCACUGUUUACAAAGUCUGCGCCUGGAUGCAACUUGCUUCAGCCACCGGCCUCAUUAUGGGAUGCAUGAUUUACCCAGAUGGUUGGGACUCUGAUGCAGUCAGACAGAUGUGUGGCAACAAAACGGACAAGUACAGCUUGGGAGCAUGCUCGGUCCGCUGGGCAUACAUCUUAGCCAUAAUCGGCAUCCUGGACGCUCUCAUCCUCUCCUUCCUGGCCUUUGUGCUGGGCAACAGGCAAGACAGCCUUCUGCCUGAAGACUUUAAGGUGGAAAACAAGGAAGCAGACAAUGCCUAGGGAAGGCAUCGUUAUCAUGCAUUUUGAGCCGUUCCAUAAGUUUGUGGUAUUAAAGAAACUCCACACGGUAUUGAACAAAGGUGUCGUCAGUAUUUUCCUCAGCACUGAAGAGAGCGGUGAUGCAAAAGGAUCACCGAAUCCUGCAGUUUGCCCUGAAGAUACGCAUCAGAGUUACAGUAGUUGAAAUUGUUUUAUUCCACUGGAAGUCAGUCACAUGGCCAGUCAGACGAUUAAUUUAUUUACACGGUCUGGUGCCGCCCCCUGUAUAGGUCCAAAUGAGCCUGAUUAGAGUGAUCACAAGCAUCAUCUAUGGUUCAAUCUGGUGAUAUAUAUUUCUGUACCACUGUAUAUUGUUAUAAAUGUACGUACUUCAAACGUUGAAAUAGCUCGAGUAAUUGAUAAAUCUUAACAUUGAAGAAAAAAAAAUGUAGUUACAAUGUGAAUGUUUCUAUGUGUAGGCAAUGUUUCAAGAAGUGCGAAGUUAUUGCAUGUUUGCAGUCCCCCAUUACACCAUUUAUGAACAUUACAAACCUGUUAUUAACAGGGAAAAGAGACCAGUUCUUCAAAAUCUGUUCCCUGGCAAAAGUGUGACAAACUUAUGUUUUAAGAUUAAACAAAGCUUUUCUCCACUAAACAAUUAUUAAAACCAGAAAAUCAAUUAAUCCAUAGUACAAAUGACAGAGUUUUGCUGCAGCAGUGAAUUAAAAUGUGCAAUCGAAAGUAAAAAUCAUAGUAAAACUUUAACAAUCUAUAUUCAACUAUUUGGAAAUCCCAGUUUUUCAGCAUUUAUACUGCAUUCCUCUACUGGAAAAAAUAUUCAACGUUAAUUUUUUUUGAGGAUUUCAAAGACUAACAUACAAGAACAUAGAUCAGAACAGUAAAGGAACAGGCCCUUUGGCCCCCAAUGUCCAUGCUGUACAUGAUACCAAUCUAAUCUAAUCU